AUGAACAAUAAGACCCCUAUUUCAGUCGUGACAGAUGGGGACAAAGCAAUGAGUAAAGCUAUUAAAACGGUUUUUCCAAAGUCUCGACAUCGUUUAUGUGUGUGGCAUCUUGAAAGGAAUGCUUUUGCAAAUCUACAUGAUAAAGUAUAUGAAAGUUUUAUUAGGUGUAUGGUACGAUAUGUUACACCAGAUGAAUUUGAAGACGUGUGGAAGAAAAUUGUCGACAAUCACAAUUUACAUAACCAUGAAUGGUUGCAUGAAAUGAGUACACAACGUUGUGAAGCCAUGAAUGCAUUCUUGAAUAGAUUUUUGGAUAGGAAGACUAGGCUUUAUGAGUUGUUCCAGCAAGUUGAUAGAGCACUUUCACGUAUUAGACACAAUGAGAUGGGGGCAGAUUUUUCUUCAAAUUAUAUUGAACCUAUUCUGAUUACUGGGUUAGCUGAAAUAGAGAAACAUGCUACUACUAUAUUCACAAGGGAGAUAUUCAGCAUGUAUGCAUCCCCUGACUCAAGAUGGGAGGUUGUGUAUUGUCAAGCUGAUCAAUCUAUGAAGUGCUCUUCUUUGCUAUUUGAGUCAUAUGGAUAUCCUUGUGGGCACCUAUUUGCUAUUAUGAAGGUUGAACAUUUGAAACAGAUUCCACCGACAUGUAUAAUGAACAGAUGGUUGAAAACAGCACAGUCCGACCUGCCUUACAAACUUGAAUCCCAAAUGUCUCCUGAUAUCAUACGUAUGGCACGGUUUAGUGCAUUGUCUGCUAGUUGUAGUCAAAUGUGUUACUUUGGUUCAAGAACAACACAAGGCUUUGAAGAAUUGAAGGUUGAAAUAGCAAGGUUGACACGCCGCAUGGAGGAACUUUAUAAUUCAAGUAAAGAAGCUGCUGAAGAUGGGAUACGCACUGCAUCCAAUAAAGCAAACUUAAAUGUUCGUGAUCCAGCCAUUGUCAAGACUAAAGGCGACCAUGGUAGCACAAGCAACAGCCACAGCCAUGCGAAAGUUAGGCGAUGCAGCAGUUGUAAAGAUGUUGGACACACAAGGCGCACAUGUCCAUCUACACAUAUUCAACAAGGUGAACAUGUUGAUGGUGACAACAUCCCUAAAUCCAUGGAACAUCCAGCUGUUGGCUCACCUGAUUUGGAAACAAAUUAUUAUAAUUUUCUUUAA